AUGACAUUCCGCAAAGCCCGUCGCCCAAACAACAACAACCCCCGUCACAACAACAGCAGCAACAACACCCACUACCAACCCUCCGACUACGAAUCCGACAACUACGCCAACUACCUCUCCGACGCCCAACCCUCUCAACAACAAACUGACCAAUACACAGACCAAGACCAAGACCAAGAAUCCAUCCCUCGGCCACCCCUCCGCUCAAACGAAGAACUCAACCUCGCCGUCCUCCGCCGCCACAACCCACACAUGAACUCCAUCAUCUCCCUAGCCCCCUACGCUGUCGUCUACAUCUUCAACCCGGCAUCAAGGCAGUGGGAGAAGAGUGGAGUCGAAGGGACGUUGUUCGUGUGUAACCUGACGCAGGGCGCGCUGGGAGAGGAGCGGUACAGUGCGUUUGUGUUGAAUCGGCGGGGGUUGAACAAUUUUGAUAUCCCGUUGACGGAUGGGGAGAACGUGGAGAUUACGGAGGAAUAUGUGAUUUUGAAGAGUGAUGAGGAGGCGGUUGAUGCGAAUGGGAGGAAUGGUAAUGGGGUCAAACCGGCUGGCGGGAAUGGCGAUGUGCGCAUCUACGGUCUUUGGAUUUACUCCGAACCACCGCCCAACUCAACUGCGCAGACCCGUACUAUCAAUGCUCAGAUGAUUCGUGAAUGUGCUGUGCAUGCUGGACAUAGUCUCCGGAUUGCCCGUGAGCGUCUCGAAGCUUCCCAGCAGAAUGGACUACAUAUGGCCGCUGAAGCGGCGACGACGACGGCCGCGCCGCUCGAGGAGGUGCAGUCGAGCAUUCCGAUGGGGAGACAAGUGUCGUUGAAGGAUCUCUUUGGACAGCAAAGGGCGCAGGAUGAUGGCUGGACGGUUAGAGCGCAUCAGUUUGGUGUGGAAUGGCCACAGCAGCCGCCGCAGCAGGCACCGCCGAUGGGAAUGCCUCCGCCGCAGCCGCAGCAGCAGGACGUGUUGGGAGAUCUUUUCCGAAGAGCAGGAUUGGCGCAUCAGGGUGGUCAGGCAUAUACUUAG